CCCCUCGGAGCAGCGAUCGCGCCCCCAGCUCGUCUCCCAACGGAGAGGAUUUGUGCGCAAGAGUUCAGCCGGAGAGAGGCGGGCGGCUGGGGGUGCGCGGCGUGGCCCUGGGCUGCUCCCCCAGCCUCCUCCUUCGCCUCCUUCUCCUCCUCCUCGCCGGAGAGCGGAGAGUCCCCUAGAACAGCCAAUAUUGAUUUCCUCCGGGCCGAGGCCGACUGCCCGGGUGGCGGGGGGCUGCAGCAGCCGCGGUCCGGAGGCGACAGCAACAUGUCCAAGCCGGUGGAUCACGUCAAGCGGCCCAUGAACGCCUUCAUGGUGUGGUCCCGGGCGCAACGGCGCAAGAUGGCUCAAGAGAACCCCAAGAUGCACAACUCGGAGAUCAGCAAGCGACUGGGCGCCGAGUGGAAGCUACUCACCGAAUCGGAGAAGCGGCCUUUCAUCGACGAGGCCAAGAGGCUGCGCGCCAUGCACAUGAAGGAGCACCCCGACUAUAAGUACCGGCCCCGGCGCAAACCCAAAACGCUGCUCAAGAAGGACAAGUUCGCCUUCCCGGUGCCCUACGGCCUGGGCGGCGUGGCGGACGCCGAGCAUCCCGCGCUCAAGGCGGGUGCGGGGUUGCACGCGGGCGCGGCCGCCGGGUUGGUGCCCGAGUCGCUGCUCGCCAACCCGGAGAAGGCGGCGGCCGCCGCGGCUGCAGCCGCCGCUCGAGUCUUUUUCCCGCAAUCGGCUGCUGCAGCUGCGGCAGCGGCAGCCGCUGCAGCAGCGGGCAGCCCCUACUCGCUGCUCGACCUGGGUUCGAAGAUGGCAGAGAUCUCGUCUUCAUCCUCCGGCCUGCCCUACGCGUCCUCCCUGGGCUAUCCAAGCGCGGGGGCCGCCGGUGCGUUCCACGGCGCGGCUGCCGCUGCUGCAGCCGCGGCGGCUGCCGCCGGGGGGCACACGCACUCGCACCCCAGCCCGGGCAACCCCGGUUACAUGAUCCCGUGCAACUGCAGCGCAUGGCCCAGCCCCGGGUUGCAGCCUCCGCUCGCCUACAUCCUGCUGCCCGGCAUGGGCAAGCCGCAGCUGGACCCCUACCCCGCGGCCUACGCCGCUGCGCUAUGA